AUUUUUAUUUUAUAGGCAGAGCAUAAUAAAACAUAUAUAAAAACUAAUGAACACCACCAUCGCUCCGCGUGGGAGGAGAACUUCCACCAUAUUAACAGACACAACGAAGAGGCCAAAGGUGGAAAACACAAUUACACACUAGAUUUGAAUCAUUUAGCUGACAUGCCUAUACAUCUGUACAAUAGACAUUUUACAAGUCUUUCGUCAAGCAAAUUAACCAAAGGUACCGAUAUUCACACUGAUCCGUUACAACAUCAUACGAGAUCAAUUCCCGAAGAGGUUGACUGGCGGAAAAGGGGGUUCAACACUCCCGGAUGGAAUCAGCUGGACUGCGGUGCCUGUUACGCUUUCAGCAUAGCUUCAAUGCUCGAAGGACAGCUGUUCAAAGCCACGGGAAAGUUGCACACAUUGAGUUCACAACAAAUUAUUGAUUGUUCAAUCGCAUAUGGAAACCUCGGUUGCUCCGGUGGCUCUUUAAAAAACACACUGCAAUAUCUCAAGAGAGUUGGAGGAAUUAUGCAAGGAAUCGAGUAUUCGUACAAAGCGAGGAAAACAUUGUGUCAUUUUAAAAAGUUUAGAGCGGUUACUCAAAUUGAAAAAAUUUCAAUACUGCCACAAUCCGAUGAACACGCGCUAAAAGUAGCUGUGGCGCUUAUAGGACCCAUCAGCGUAUCAGUGAAUGCAAGUCCAAAAACAUUUCAACUGUAUUCAUCUGGAGUAUACGAUGAUCCAGCAUGUUCGUCCAGCACAGUUAACCACGCUAUGUUGCUGGUCGGGUACACGAAGGACGCUUGGAUUUUGAAAAACUGGUGGAGCUCGAAAUGGGGUGACGACGGUUACAUGUACUUGGCCCGCGGAAAGAACCAAUGUGCCGUGUCCACCUACGCGGCUUACGCCACAAUAUUACUGCCACACCACCAAUCACUACCAGCGACGCAUCAUUACGGUUGACUGUGAUACUAAAUGUGUUAUCGUCUAAAGCCUGAUUUAAUUAUAUGAACAAAUUAUAUGACCAAAUAUGAACUUUAAAAAUGACUCAAUAUGCAUUUCAUUAGGUACCUAUUGCUUAUUAAUAAAAAAAAACUGUUUGAAAAGUCUUAACCUCGCUCAACUUUAUUAUAGAUUAUAAUCUAAACAAAGUUUUUACUAGUAUGCUAGUAAAAACUUGUGACUUUUGGGGAAUGUUAUAUUAUAUCUCGUAAAACAAAUUCUCCUACUUGACUUAAAAUUUUCCAAUUAACUUAAAAGUUCUACAGCUUGAUAGCUAUUCCCAAGUUCCCUUCUACAGUCUACAACUCUAAAAAGAGAACCAACAUCUAGUAUACUUCGUCAUUUAAGUACCCUAUUCCCGUACAUUUUUAUUGAGAACUGAUCGUUCUUCUUAUGAAAAAUUGAAAACUGUAACUUGGUAUAGUUUUGCAUUGGAGAUUGGUUUGUCUUGUAUCAAUUGGCCAAAAACGUCAUCCCCGUGUUUUCGGAACUUGUUCAGAACUGAGCAAGAAGUUUCAGAUAAAGGAUAAUGUGUAAAUGUAACUCAAUACCAUUUAAAACCAUUUAAAAUUGUAAUAUUCACUAUAUCUAACAAAAACAAUUUUUAACAAAGGCAACAAUUCAAUUUUUAUUUAAAUAUGAUUGUAUAUCAGCCCAUGUGAAUGUAAUUUAUAGUAGGUAUUAAUUUUCAAUUAAGCAUACCUAGGUAUCUAUUGAAGAACAGGUUAAAAAAAUGUUUUACCUACACUAACAAUUUAAAGAUUCCUACAAUAGUUAGGUAUUAUUCAUAACUAGCAGUAGACACAUACAGGUUGUUGCAUAAGAUGGUGUAGUUUAUAACUGGCAGUAGAAACAUAUAGGCUGCUGUAUAAGAUGGUGGAGGAGAUACCGUCAUUGAAGGAGGAGGAAGAGAGGAUUAGGCAGCAUACAUCUCUAGGCCAGAGGGUUGAGAAUCUGAGUGAAAACUAACUGAGAGGGUACACUGCGGGCGAAGAGGACGGUCGGAACGAGUGCUCGAGGACGGCAGGCUAAGGCCGGUCCGUGAAGUGGGCCCCCAGCAAAAUAUUAUACAUAAAAAUAGAAACUAAAUGUACAUUCUCAGGUCACCCGGAGCCUACACAUAUAUACUAGCUAUCGCUAUGGAAAGUAGUCUUCAACUUUCCGAGAGUUCUGUAAAUAUUUGUCUGCUAUUAGUUAAUUUUAUUAAUAAAUGAUGGUGGCACUACCGAAGUAAUUCGCAAAAUGUCUCGGAAACUAUUUUGAAGAAUAAUAAGAAAAUCCUAUUCGUAAAUAAUUUAUUAUUAUAAUUUAUCUGUAUUUUAAAUAUUUCACAAUAUCGUA